AUGUCUACACAAAAUGAAGACACAGAGCCUGUUGUGCGAAUAUCAACAACAACGAUGGAAAUACCACCACCGCAAGAAACCAAGCGAAGCUGUGGAAUAUGCGAAUCAAAUAUUGCUGUAACUGACACUUAUUUAACAUGCACCAAUGAAAAAUGUCGCAAAGUGACAUGUGCGCAUUGUAUCAGCACAAUGAUUAACAUCUUUUUUGCUCAGCCGACACUCAGCUAUCCGCUUCAAUGUGGAGCAUGCAAAACAACUUUUAACAAAUUAUCUGUUGAAAGUGUAAUUAUUAAUAAACAUUAUUAUGAACAAUAUAUUGCCUAUGUUUUACCACUCUACUGGUCACAAGAAUGUCUUCAAGCUAACGAAGAAUUAGUACAGUGUCCCUUUUGUCUUUAUCUAGAAAUCCACACUACUGAUGCAUGCCCUAUUCAAUUUCUCAAUUGCCAACAUCCUAAUUGUGGAAAACGAUCGUGUUUAAUAUGUUACAACGCUGUGCAGGACGAUAUUGGUGAAUUAACACACCGAACUCGUUGUGUCGAAUAUCGUUAUUGUAAAGCACUGAUUGAAGAAGCCAUUGAAACUGGUUCUCUCAGACAAUGCCCUCACUGCAAGCUCACUGGAAUCAAAGAUUCUAACUGCACACAUAUGACUUGUGGACGAUGUCACGGAAAAUGGUGUUAUUUUUGUGGAACGAAAGAAGAGGAAUGUGAUGUCGAUGACGAUGAAUAUCCAGAUUUAUCGAAACACAACGAUGGUUGGGAAUCGAAUGCUAAUCGCUGUCCAAUGUACAUUAGUAAAGUUUAUGAAGUUGACGAACGUUGGCCGACUGAUGAGGAUGAUUGUUUAGAAUUUUUUCAUCGUUGUGUAACAUUACGUAAUUUGUACGAUGUUCUUGAAUCCAUCGGUGAAGAUAGUCUACGCAGAUUAAAUGAUGAAUUCGAUAUCAUCGACAGAUGUGGUUAUUCAAUCGAUGAGAUCAUGGACGAUGAAAAUCGAAUAUUGAUUAAAUAUAAAUGGGAUGAUGAUUGA